GUCCGCCCUGACUUAACGUUUAUGUUAGCUAAAAUCUGUGUUUUGGAGGUGACAUGUGUCAGUGACUACAAAUAAUCAAUUAUGCUACACUGCUCCUUGGAAAAAUGUAGACGUUAGCCAUGGAGAAUUCAGCAAAGUAGUUUACCGACAGUAAACGUGAAUUGAGGGCAGUCGUUAUCGAACUUGUACAGUUUUUACUCGGUUAAACUAGCUACGUUAUGUUCAGCAAGUUUAUUGUAGCUCUUAGCUCCUAACGCCGAUAGCUAGGACCUGUUAUACCAAUGAGCUGAUUAACAAUAGAUCAAGAGAAUUGCACGUUAUCGAUACCAAUAUCAGAUAACCUGUCGAGCAGGAUUUUCAUGAUGUCAGACUUCUCUAUUGGUGACAGAUGAGUGUGACACAACCUCCGCCAGGUUUUGAUUUCGCCGUUGGCAGCUCUCCAUCUUUAAACAAAGGACCUGACAAAGUCCCUCCGCAAUGUCGGUGGCAGUGGAAACCACCGUGUCCAGGGUGCCGCUUCCUCUGCCGACCCACUUCGCCCAUGCAGAGCGGUCCUUCUCCCUCAAAAAGCGGCGUCUCCCUUUUUCCUCGUCCUCCACGUCCAACUCGUCCUACUCUUCCCCUGCACGGCUCUCACAUUAUCUGCCCCCGCUGCCACCAUCCAAGGGAUGUCCUUCUGUGAACAUGUUCCCCCAGCAUCAGUCCCCCUGGACACCUCUGUCUUGUUCCCUCAGCAAGUCUCCUCCUCCAAGUUCUGUAUAUGAUCCCAGCAAACAGCAGACCUAUUUCAGUCAGUGCUUUACAAAUUUGGGCCUGCUGGGAAGAGGAUCUUUCGGAGAGGUGUACAAGGUACAAAACAAUGUGGACGGCCGGCAGUAUGCAGUGAAGCGCUCUGCUCAUCGCUUCCGGGGCAAGAGCGAGAGGAACAGGAGUGUGAGGGAAGCUAGAAACCACGAGCGCCUGUCCCCGCACCCUCACAUCUUGCAUUUUGUGGCAGCCUGGGAGGAGUGUGGCCGACUGUACAUCCAGACAGAGCUGUGUAGCACCAGCUUGCUGCUCCAUGCUGAGAACCAGCCUCCUGGCCCAGGUGAGCCUGCAGCCUGGGCCUACCUGUGUGACCUCCUCUCAGCGCUGCAACACCUGCACUCUCAUGGCUUUGUGCAUCUGGACCUCAAGCCCGCCAAUGUCCUCAUGACUGACUCUGGCCGUCUCAAACUGGGAGACUUCGGGUUGCUUUUUGAACUCAAACAGAAGAGUUCAGAACCUGCAGAGGAGAGAGUGAAGGAGGAUAUCCAGGAGGGAGAUCCCAGGUACAUGGCCCCUGAGCUGCUCCGUGGAGAGUAUGGACCAGCUGCAGAUGUUUUCAGUUUGGGUGUUACUAUUCUGGAGCUUGCCUGUAACAUUGAGGUUCCAAAUGGUGGAGAAGGCUGGCAACAGCUCAGACAAGGAUGCCCCCCGUCAGAGUUUACCAGUGACCUGUCUACUGAGUUUCAGACCGUACUGCGGAUGAUGCUGGCCCCAGAGCCAUCUCAGAGGCCGACAGUCUCUGAGCUUCUCGCCCUCCCUUACGUUUGGAAACACAGGUGGAGGAGGCAGAUCUAUCUGAUGGUCACUGAGGCUGCGCUGACACUGGCCUCUGUCUGUCAGGUGGUGCUGUGCUUUGGGUGUAGGCUCUUGUCUGCCCUUCACUUGCCCUUUCUGCCUCAUUGGACCAAGCCAGUGCCCUGCACUCCUCCAAAGGACAGCUGGGACAAAGAUUUAACCCUGCCCCUCAGUGCCAUGCACGGUGACUCAGGUAGCCCAGAGGAGGAUGCAGUGUUUCUGCUGGAUCCAGCAGACCCGGAACUAUCCCCCACCUUCUCACACAGGGUCAAAUCCAGACUGUGUGUAGAAAGCACAUCCACUCCUCUGCCAGGCUCACAGGUGCAGAAUCACCGAAGUCCUGUCCACACACCCACUCACUCAAAUCUGGGUGAGUGGUCCUCCUGUAACUUAGCGCUGACCCCCUCCAGCAUCCACUCGAAUGGUUCCUGCCGCACACUGACACCCAGUGCCAGCCCCAUACAUGCAGAGCUUCAUACAGAUAUAAACGAAAACUCCACACACAGCCGAUGCUCCUCAUCUGCCAGAUCCUCACAGCGACGUGGACACAUCUGGGUCCAAAGUGAGGAGGCUUUACCCCGACCCAACUUUGAACCAAAGAACCUGCUGAGUCUGUUUGAGGAAACAACUCCAUAAGUAAAGGACUGCCAUUUAACUUUCAGGGGAAAGUUUUGUGUUUUGUUUUUUGUUUUUUGUUUUUUUGCUUUAAAAUGUGGGGUGCAGGGGACUUUAUGUAUGAAUGUACCAAGCUCACUACUUUAUUUGUAUUAACUGCUUUUGCCAUUUUGUAACAGUCCUGCUACAGAUUCUUGUGUUUAAAAAAAAAAGAUUUAGGGGAAAGGUUUGAACAUGUAAACUGACCUUUUUGAAGCACUUUUUAUGUUUGUGUUAGUGCAAUCAGUCGCUGAAAUGACAAGUCAUAACGUGUUGUUAUGCAAGUUAUCCUUAGCUUGGUGUGCUCUGAGUUGUUUACCUCAUGAGUUACAAGGGACAAUUAAAACAAGAAGGGAAACAGAACCUGGACUUGUGGAAUAUGUUUUAAGUAAAAGGAACGUCUAAAUGUUAAA